GUCCUGGGGCGGCGAGGGCCACCAGCCGCGGCCUCUGCACCGGCGGGGCGCCCAGCCUCUCCUACCAAGAGCUCAAAGACUUGAAGAAGACCAACGUCCUCCACAUAGACGUACGGGAGAGGUGGGAGAUCGACAGAUUUGGAAAAAUCCCAGCGUCCAUCAACAUACCGCUGGGUGAGUUAGUGGAAGCUCUACAAAUGGACCCAGCGGAGUUCAAGGAGCAAUACAAUGAAAAGAUGCCAUCCAGGUUGGACCCUGUGGUUUUCUCCUGUUUGGCAGGAACAAGAAGUAAACAAGCACUUGGUUUUGCUGUAUCCUUGGGUUUCAGCAGAGUUCAGCAAUAUGCUGGUGGCUUUGAGGACUGGGUGAAACACGAACCUCCAGAGAAAAAAUGAAGAGGACUACCCCAGCCCUUGCCCCAUCAAGGCUUCAGGAUGGUUUUAGCAUUCAAACUGUGUGCAUUCUACUCCCAGAAUACAGCCCACUCCUGUUUUCUUGUGUAAAUGGACAUUCACCUUCAAAUAGCCAUGCAUAUCAACUGCUUGGUUUAAAUUCUACCUAAAGACUAUGACAUGAACAGAGGAUGUUAA